AUGGCAGACGAGGUUUUAUACACGAUCAGUGAAGUGAGGAAUGAAGAAGAUUUAAACAAUCGGGAUCUUGGAAUGGCAUCGACCAUAAACAUCGAGUAUGAAGCGAUACCAACAUUCGAGGAAAUCCGAACAAAACUUAUACCAUUGGUGAAAACAGAUGCGUGGUUCAAAUCAAUAAAAGAUCAUCUACAAAAGGCAAACGCUGCCACCCAAAGCGUGUUUUAUAAACCUCUGAACAACAUAAGUCGUAUCGAGUAUGGUUUCACUGUAGCCAUAUUGUGUGGUGGUGAUCAGUAUCAUUAUGUGUUGAACAGCUACCUGGCAGACUGGCAUAUUUCAAGUUUAACCUUAGUUCAAAUUGCUGAAGCUAACUUUCGUAAACGACUUAUUGAAGGAGGAAAAACAUGGCAAACUAGUCAGACAGGAAUUCGAUUUAUGCAAGGUUUAGGUAUGUGAGGCUUCACAACUAUGAUAAUGAGUUAUUUCAUGUCAGUAUAUAAAGCCGGCGUGGGUUGCCCGAACUCCACACGCGCUUGACAACUAAGGUCUAAUAAGACACAGAAUAGAGAAGCGUUAAUAAAGACUAAAGCCCUGGGCAAACUAGGAAACAUUGUUGUGGAAACAUUUGUGAUUCUCGAUGUUUCUUCAAAUGUUUCCCUGUUUGCCCACCCGUGGAAACAUUGUUGCGGAAACAAAAUUUGCUUCCCGAGAAGAAAAAUGUUUCCUAGCGAAUUCAGAAACAUUUGAUGUUUCCCUGUGUUUCUCAUUAAUGUUUCCUAGUGUUUGCCCACUCUGGGAAACAUGGCGAAACAUUGGUAGGAAACAAUGUUUCCGCAACAAUGUGUCCUAGUUUGCCCAGGGCUUAAGUUUGAUUAUUUUAGGUCCACUGGCAGCGUCUGUUAUCUUACUACCAGAUCUAAUCGAAAGCUUGGGUGGUCGACAAGGUGACUUCGUGGCAUGCCUCGCUGCAGGGGAGCUGUGUAUGAUAGGAGACUCACAGAAUGUAAAACAGAUCUGCGUCAUGUCUGAGAUUGCGCUCAAGUUCGUAACUAAAGCGAGUUUCUUAUCAAUGCAACCGUUACGGCUGCUGAACAAGGAAUGGAAGAUAUAUGAAGCAAAUAAAGCCAACGAUGAAUAUCCAUUCCCGCAAUCUGGAGACGAAGUGAAAAUAUUGAAACGAGCUUUGAAAAUGCAAGGAAAGAUUUGA